CUUGAGACUAAAAUAAUUUAACUAUGAAACAAAUUCAUUGUAGGUAGUAUAUAGAGCGAAAAUAAGAUAAACACACCUGUCCACUCUGCACUCCCUACAAAAAGUCUGGAUAGCACCCUUCCAGCUGCUAUGCUAUAGAGAGACAUAAUCAAAUCACCUGAGGCCAAUAAUAGCCUAAAACAAAUUGCAGAGUUUUUCGGUUUUUGAAAUCUGUCUAUUUCCUCUCCAGAUUUGCUACAGCAUUUCCAUAGGCUUGGAGAUUAAGUAAAAACUAACAGUAAGUUAAUAGGGAACUGCAUUAAGGAAAACUUUGAAUCUGUACAACCAGCUCUUCCUAAGGCAUGUGGUGUAGGCCUAAAUAAGGUUAUUGUCUGUCAAACACAAUAUCUAGAGUUUUGACUUGUCAUACACAGCCCACUCUCCUGCCGUGCACAACAAUACCAAGUCGUUAUGUACUGUAUGCAUCCACGUAUGCUUACCCUUAUGGAGGCCUAACCUAUUUGCUUCUGCGGCUACAGUUCUACAGAGAACCUGCGUUUAUCAUCAGAACUCCAACCAAAAUGCUUUAUUUGGAAGACUAUCUUGAAAUGAUUGAACACUUGCCUCAAGAACUUCGUGAUAGAUUUACCGACAUGAGGGAGAUGGAUCUUCAAGUACAAAAUACUAUGGAUACUUUGGAAAAACGUGUAAAGACAUUUUUUUCCAAUGCAAAGAAAAUGGAGGCUCAAGAGAAGGAACAGGAAUAUGAAGCAAUACGGAAAGAUUAUUACAAAACGUUGGAGGAUGCAGAUGAAAAAGUUCAACUGGCAAAUCACAUGCACGACUUGGUGUCCCGGUAUUUACGCCGACUGGAACAAGAAACUCACAAGUUCAAAAUGGAACUUGAAGCCGAUAACAUGGGCAUUACUGAGAUUUUGGAAAAACGUUCACAAGAACUGGAUCUUCCUCCCAGUAACAGCUGCCAAAAAGAGAAUCGAUACUCCUUCACCUCACACAAGUCUUGCAUGUCGAGUGGCACAGAUAAGCGCAAAGAUUCAACCGCAGAACACAAGCGAGUUGUGGCGACAUUGCCUGAGGUGCGGAUACUGCCUCAGAGCUCUACUCCCCCUGCUACUCCUCUACCCGUGGUGAACUACAGCCUCGGACACAUGGGAGCGGGGGGCACUGCUAUAGCAGCAGCUGCUUCCCAGGCCAUAGCAGCCACACAGCAGAUGCAACAGGGGCGAAGGACUGCCAGCUUGAAAGCUUCGUAUGAAGCCAUUAAUUCUGUCAGUAUAAGCAAGGAGCUAGCUGGUGCAGCUCAAACUGCCAUUGCCGCCAUUCAAGACACAAGCAAGAAGAACAAAAAGCAGAAAGCAAACGUGAGCAGUAGCAGCAGCAGCCCUGCUUUACCAGUCCUGGUGCCGAGUCCUGAGGAACCUCCGCAGCUUGAAGCCUCAGCAGACCUCUCGUACGACCCCAACGAGCCCAGAUACUGCAUCUGCAAUGAAGUUGCUUUUGGAGGGAUGGUGGCUUGCGACAAUCAAACGUGUCCCUAUGAGUGGUUUCACUACCCAUGUGUUGGAAUCACUGAUCCACCCAAAGGCAAGUGGUACUGCCCUCAAUGUACGGCUGCUAUGAAGAGGAGAGGUGCUCGUAAAAACUGAUUCUCUGGGCUAGGCCAAACCAAGAACAUGCCAAGAAUUACUGUUAAUGUACUUUUACUUUUAUUUUAGUGAGAAACAACACAAACGUUUCAAUUCUCUCUUAACCCUUUCCGGAUGGGCAAAAAAUGUUUAAAUGAAAAGAGUGAUUUCAAUUUGUGACACUUUUUUACGCAUCUCCACUUUUAAAUCAAGCAUACAGUACACUUCCAAUUAAACCGAGGUUGUUGGGACUGAGAAUCUAAAAUACCACGCAGGUCACGGGACCACAUUAGGAAGUCUAAUACUAGUAAAAUAUGUUUUAACAACAUCUGUGUCUUGGUGCGCGGUCGUCUUACCAUUACAGUGACUGGAGGAAUCGCAUACCGACGUACUUAUUCGUACUUAUAUUACCCUUAAUCAUUAGUAAUGACAUUGAAAUUGCUACUGCAUCAUGCCAGAUAUAUGUGUUGUGCCUGGGUGCAAGGGUAAUUACGAAAGCUUGAUUAAAAAAAACUGAAGGUUACACACAGUUUUUAAGAUUCCAAGUGAUCCGGUGCGUAAGCAACCGUGGAUUCGUGCUUUUCCUCGGUCAGAUUGGACACCUUCAAAAAAUUCUCGUGUCUGCGUGAAACAUUUUCACGAAGAUGACCUUAGUUUUGUGGUAAAAUACAAGAAUAAGGUGAUUGAUGUGAAUAUAGACGCGAGAAGCCAGUUUUAGGUGAGAAUGCCGUACCUAGACUUUUUCCCAAAUUACCUUUGUAUCUUGAUACUCGAAAAACGACAAAGAGAAAGACUCCUCAAGAAAGAAGACAAGAGGAAGGUAACAGGAUAAAGAAGAGUCAACAGGAUUAAGAAGAUCGACUAGCACAAGAAAACGAAGUUGGGGAUUUUACUUCAUUUUACAACAAUUAAGGCUGUAUAUUAGCACAUAAUAAAUAAAUAAAAAAUAAUAUUAAAUUGACGUGUAUUAUUAUCGUCAUUUUGCACAUUAUAAUGAAUGUGGAAAGCCAUAUGAAGGCCUAGCUUCUGAGAUUGUUUCCACAAUGGCAAACGUACAAUGGCUAAAUAAUUAUUCAAAGAGGCCUUCAAACGAGAAAAGAAAACUUAAAAUGUUGUCGUAAUAUUUACUUAUGGUUUGUCAGGUAGGCUAAAACAAUAAUAUGAAUAUUUAAAAUUGAAAAUAAUUUUAUUUAAACAAUACAAGAUUUUAUAUUACUCUUUCAUUUGUAAUUGGAAGUUUUACAAGACAUUUUCACAUUCAUUGCAAUUAUUAGUACAAUACGAUAAAUAGCCCAGGCCUACAAGCAAACAAACAUUAUGUUUGUAUUUUAGUACAAAAGUCACUAUUAUAUGCCACUAAAAAAUCUUUAAUUCAUUCUAUAGAGCAGUGAAAACAGCAAAACUCUCAUUUAGGUUAUAGCCUAGCGCGUGUGAAGACAGACCCAGAAGGAGUGUGAUUGCGGCGUUGCCAGUUCGAACGUCGCAGCCUUGUAUUAGAGGUGGCUGUAGUUGGAGACCAACCUAGUACUGUGUGGUUUUGAUUUGAUAGGUAAUUGCAGAUCAUUCUUACGUUAAAAUUAUACUUAAUGGUUAUUUCAAGCAUUCAUUUAAAUAAAUCCCAAAUUACCUGCUAUUCCAACUCUUGACAUAGAAAAAUACUACAUUAAAGUAAUUACCGUUUCCAAAAAUAUAAAAAAAUAUAUAUAUAUUCAGCCCUGUAACGACCUUGGAUAACCUGGAUUAAUCUUCAGAUAAUCGGGAGUGUACUGUAUAAAGCAGCUUUGCUACUUAUUGGACAGUAUUUUAUUUCAUAAAGAACUUUAAAUGGAACUUUUUUACAACGUUUGUAGCUCUAAAAGAUGUUCACAUUAACAAAAUUGUUUAAAUCCAUAUGUGUAGCCCCUGAGCUGUUGGACAUAAUGUAAGACCAAAUUACUUACGUAAUUCCCGUCACAGCUCAAUAAAAUAUAUCUAUUCAGGACAUGUUUCGGUGUUAAAACACCAUCGUCAGCUCCAGGUACAUAGUGUAGAGUUGAUCAGUUGUUAACAUCGUCAGAAGAUAAACACAGUACGGACACGAAUAAAUACAUAAAACAAUUAAACAUUUAAAAAACAGGCCUGUUCUAACAAAGAUGACCGACCGCACAGGUAGCAAGGGACAGACUAGACCAGCUUAUGCUUAUCAGUUGUGUGAGAGAGAAAGAGAUAUUGGGCAAGGAUCAGCUGUUGUAGGAUGGACGGAGUUAUUGAUGAGUGAAUUAAAAAUGGUGUGGGAACUGAACUGUAGUUUUUCGUUUUAUAUAGUCUCACAAAAAGUAAAGUUAACGUUGUUAAAACUUUUGUAUAUUUAACAACGAAAUUUAUUUAAAAACAAAAUUGUGUUUUUAGCGCAGUAAGUGGUCGGCUUAUAUCUAACAAUCUAAAACACAGCAAUUCUGCAGAACUCAAAAACAGUAUCUCAACAGUACUGUAAUGUGAAACAAGUCAAAUCACAUGAUCCACUACCAUGCAGUUAUCUGUCACUCCUCCGGUAAGAGUUGUUUAAGUAGCCACGAGGUGCCUACGUAGCUGAACUUAAAAUUUAAUGGUAGUAGAUUUAGGUGCCUAUCUUUUCUAUUGUUAGAGUAAAGUUGUCUAAGAAUAUGAAAUAGACCAAACCAGUCCUGUUUUGCUUUUUUUUGUACAUAUGUUACCCUGUUACAGAAAACCUGUUAAUUAAGUAAAUGUCUAGCUGGCUUGGUUAAUGUUUGUUUAUCCAAACAAGUUCAUUGUGAAAGAUGUUUUUCAUUUUCAUUAGCUGAAAUAACAGAAGUAAGAAACAGAUAAUUAUCCCAAUAAACCCUUUACCCUCCUUUAACUCUUAACACAUUAGUUCAAUGGCUUUGUGGGUUUGUUGUUUCCAGAAAAUUAGAAUUCUGAAAGAAAUCCCCAAAAUUGUCUGUUUCAUCUGAUUUUAACAAACUUAUUAAAAAAGAUCUUGCUUAUUAUGAUGCCUAUGGACUCACAUUUGGGUUAAUACGCAUAAAACAAUUCAAACAAACCUUUUGCUUUUCUGUGCUUUAGGGAUCUCUAAAAUUGAAAAAUAACAUCAGGGACCCAAGUUUUACCAUGAGUAAGUUACCUACUUAAGUUGUUUUUUAUUCAUAAUAGUAGUGUAGGGUAGGGGCUAAUGGUUGUAAAGAAAACAGGCAGUAAGUUGCACCUGCAGUAUACACCGUUUUGAAUUUAACUCUGCUUUGGAGGACCUUACAACAAUUAAAUUACUCUAACUAAACAUAUACUGUGAACCAUUCUUAAGCCUUUUCCAAACCUGUUUCUCAUCAAUCAUUUCACAUUUUUGAAAAGGAGUUGUAAAUCAAAAGUAUAUAUAAGAUAAGGAGUUAGUUAAAUAUCCAUAAGUAUUUAGUUACACCACCAUAUAAGUGUUUUAAUCUAAGAACAUAUAUCGUUUUGACUGUUAAGUUUGUAUAGAAUAUAAAGUUUGUGA